AUGGCCAUUAGAGCUAAAGAUUAUUAUGAACCAGAUCCCGAGGAAGGACCAAAACCUGGAUCCCGAUGGGGCUUGGUAUUUGAUGGAGCUUCUAAUGCAUAUGGUCAUGGAGUCGAAGCAAUUAUAAUCACUCCUCGAGGUUCUCAUAUUCGUUUUACCGCAAGAUUAUGUUUUAAUUGUACAAAUAAUAUGGCAGAAUAUGAGACAUGCAUCAUUGGCCUUGAAGAAGCUAUUAAUCUUGGGAUUAAAAUCCUCAAUGUCUUUGGGGAUUCAAUAUUGGUUAUCAAACAAAUCAAAGGUGAAUGGGAAACUCGUUAUCCGAGUUUGAUUCCAUACAAAGAUUAUGCUAGGCGGUUGUUUCCUUUCUUUGACAAAGUCAAUUUCCACCACAUACCUCGAGAGGAUAAUCAAAUGACAGAUGCUUUGGCCACCUUGUCCUCCAUGUACUGGGUAAAUUUCCACAAUGAGGCGCCUCAAAUUAGGAUCAAACGUCUGGACAUGCCCGCCAAUAUGUUUACAGUAGAAGUGGAAGUAGACAAUAAACCAUGGUAUCAUGAUAUCAAGUAUUUCCUCCAAAAUCAAGAAUACCCAGUUGGGGCAUCCGGUAAAGAUAAUUAA